AUGACAGCCCAAGAUUCUAGUGCCGGUGGGGCAGCUCCCCCACAGCGAUCGCCCCGCCACAUCACGCUCGAUGGACGAACCCUUGAGGGAGGCGGGCAACUAGUCCGCAAUGCACUAGCUCUGGCUGCCCUUACCGGUCGCCCAGUCACAAUUGAUCAUGUGCGCGGAAACCGUGGGGGAAAAACUGGGCUGAAAGCAUCACAUGCGGCAGCCGUCAAAUUAUUGGGAGAUAUCAGCGGGAGCAAAGUUACGGGGGGACAAGUGGGAUCGCAGAUUGUGACCUUUGAGCCCCCAGUGUUUGAAAAAGAGCAGUCAGCUACAGACGUACCCGCAGUUCCAAACCCAAUUCUGGUUCCAUUAUCCAGCGUCUCACCGAAGCCCGAAUACAACAUCAUUCUAUCAACACCUGGCUCAGUCUUUCUCAUAUUCCAGGCUAUUUAUCCAUAUCUGCUAUGGGUCGGAUCGCAACCUGGCAUUGAGAAGAUCCGAGUUAAUAUCACGGGCGGCACCAAUGGGACCAAUUCCCCAACCUACGACUAUGCCACGCAGGUGAUGCUGCCGAACUUCAAGAAAUUGGGACUCCCAUCUGCAGAAGUCAUUUUACAUAAACGUGGGUGGUCAAAUGGUGUCGUCGAUAUGGGAUCUGUCAGUUUCCACAUAAGCCCAUUAGAUCCUUCAGCGAAAUUGCCUUCGUUCCCUCCCAUCAACCUCAUGGUAUAUGAUCGCGGGAAGAUCACGAGGGUCGAUAUCACUAUCCUAGCACCCGACGUCCCUAUGUCAGAAGUGGACAGGAAAGGGCAGCGACAAGGCAUUCGCCAUUACUGCGAGAGAGAAAUUCGCCGUACCCUACGGAAGAGUCUUAAGAAGCUUGACCCAUCUUUAUUCGACCAAGAACUCCUUGAUAACGACGAUUAUGGUGACCAUGUUCCUAUCACUUUGGCUCAAUCCGAACCCACAUCUCAUGCUUCCAGAUUCUAUAUACUGCUGGUGGCAGAUACCAGGGAGGGGUUCAAGAUUGGGUACGAUGCUCUUGGAACCACUCGAGCGAAGCCCAACGCAAAGCUGCCAGGAAGAAGCAAACACAAGAAGGACAAGAAGGGCUCAAGUCAAAACAACCGUACAGAUAUGGAGCAUAUCGAUGAUUUCAUCGAAGGCUGUGUUCAGGGGUUCAUUGAUGAGAUUUCAGGGCUCGGAGCCAGCGAGAGCCACAAGAAGCGGUCGCCGCUUGAUCAAUACAUGAGAGACCAGAUUGUGGUCUUUGAAGAACUUGGAAGGCUUUCCAGCGAGCCGGAGAAAAAUAAAACACCAGAUGAGGAUGCGCGAUAUUGGACACUGCAUACUAAAACAUCACAGUGGGUAUGCCGGGAGAUGCUACCUGGAUAG